AUGAAUUGGCUCGGCCUCCUCGUCCUGCUGACCAUGGCCGGGCUGUCGCAUGGGACAUGGGACAACUGCGGAGGGACCUGCGGACUCCGAGCUGUGGUGUCUGACUAUGGCCUCAUGGCGUACUACUACGGCGACAUGGCUUAUGAAUCCGGCAUGACACGCAUUGUGGGUGGUGCUGGUGCUCUGCCAGGAGCCUGGCCCUGGAUCGUCAGCAUCCACCACCCAUGGGUUCCAGACCCAGGGCAUCUGUGUGGAGGGUCCCUCAUCAACACACAGUGGGUCCUCACAGCAGCCCACUGCUUCGAUAAAUUUGAUAACAUCAGCCUGCUGUCUGUGGUGAUUGGGGCCACCCAGUUCACUCAGCCGGGCCAUGGGGCACAAAUGCGCAGUGUCAAGCAGUUGCUGGUACAUGAGUACUACAACCCUAAUGACAUGAGCUAUGACAUUGCUCUUCUGGAAUUGGACCACCCUGUCAAGUGCAGCCCCUACAUCCAGCUGGCCUGUGUGCCCGACGCCAGACUGAGAGUGUCAAAGCUGCAAAACUGCUGGAUUGCUGGCUGGGGGGCCACUACUGCAAGAUCUCAAGAUGCACCUGAUCACCUGCAGGAGGCCAAGGUCCAGCUCAUCGAUCUCCAGCUCUGCAACAGCAGUGACUGGUACGGAGGGGAGAUCCACACCCACAACUUGUGUGCUGGUUACCCACAGGGUGGCAUCGACACCUGCCAGGGUGACAGCGGUGGUCCUCUCAUGUGCCAGGACAACAAGGCUGACUCCUGGUGGGUUGUCGGAAUCACCAGCUGGGGAAAAGGCUGCGCCAGAGCAAGGCAGCCUGGAGUCUACACCUCCACUCAGUACUUCUAUGACUGGAUCCUGGUCCACACAGGGGCAAACACACUUGGAAAGGGUUCUCCAUCAUCACAAACCUGGAAUCAUUUAUUGACAGCUCCCCCACCAUCGACUCUGAAACCAUGGCCAAUCCAACCUCCCACUUCUAACCCAUGGCCAACACGACCCCCCACUCAUAAGCCAUGGCCAACACAACCCCCCACUCAUAAGCCAUGGCCGACACCAAUCCCCUCUCAAAAGCCUUUGCCAACAGCCCUCCCCACUCCAGAACCAACACCAUUGGGUGAGGUUAGCUCCUGCCCAUAUCCACUCAACAAGCUGGUAGACUUCUUUACUAAGGUGAAGAAGCUCCUUCAUGAGGUCCUUGGACAAAACACAGCUUGA